AAUUUUAAUUUUACGAAUAAUUUAAGGACCGUGAUAUAAAUUGCACACGCAGGUUGAUAAUUUUAAAUAUAAUUAUUUUUGUGAUAUUAGGUUGAUAUAUCAUUCGGAAAUUGGGAUAAGUGUCCGACCGGAACCGGGCUGAUCUGUCGGCGAAUUUUAAUGUCAAAAGCAGACGACGACACGAUGCGUGUUGUUGUAAUACCGGGAAGUUCAGUAAAAUUAGAUACUGCAGUAUUUUUAUUUUUUGUUGUGCAAAUGCAAUAUUAAAGUGAAACACAGUCACUGGUGCCAACUGAACUUUUACAUUUACCGUUGUCCGACAUGUGGAUGGACGUGGGCAUAACUUUUUUUAUAAGCCAAAUAAUCCUAUUAUUGAUUCCGGCGGCGGAAGUGGUGGGCGAGUGGUCAUCAAAAAUACUCGACUUACCCGAUUCUCAUAUAACGCGAUACCUUAACACAUUCAAGGAUGAGGGAGAAAAGUGUCGAAACAGUGAAUCUUGUAUUUAUCAACAUAUUUUAGAAACUGGAUUGUGCUGGGGCUAUGAGGAAAAUUGCCCUGAUCAUUUGGGCUAUUCCAAUGCUCAUUGCCCUGGUGAUCACAAAGGUUGGGUCAGUUCCAAGUCCCAACAGCUGCAGACAUUCAUAAAUCAAGCAGAUUUUGGAUUUGUUAAACAGCAACUCCAAUCAAAAACAGUAAUGUGUAAGCCAAGAUUGGAUGGUGAAUCAUUUCUGGAAUGCAGCCAAUACCUCCAGUUUUGUAGAGGUUCCAAUUUGUAUAUUGAUUUUCGGGAUUUACCAUCUAGAAAAGAAUCCUUCAGAUAUAAAAUGGAUGUACUCAAGAAGGGACAGAUUGGGGGUAGAUGCAAGUUGAAUGAUUUCAAGCUCCAGUCAGAAGCUGUACAUCAAAGCCCAUUGCAAUCUUGGGCUCCAGAAAUUCAACACUUUCAAGAACUUCCGGACUUGGUAAACAAACAGUCGAAAAUCUGCGACGUUUUCAUCGACCGGCCAACUUUCAUAAUGAAAAUUGAUGCCACUGUCAACAUGUACCAUCACUUUUGCGAUUUCUUUAAUCUAUACGCGUCCUUACACUUAAACGGAACGCACCACGAAAUGUUUUCACGAGACGUCAACAUUCUAAUAUGGGAGACCUACAAUUACCAUUCAAAUUUUGGUAUUACAUGGUCGGUUUUCACCAAAAAUCCCCUUAUGAAUCUCAGAACAUUCCAAGGAAAACGAGUUUGUUUUCGCGAAGUUAUCUUUCCUCUACUGCCUCGGAUGAUCUUUGGACUUUACUACAAUACUCCUGUCGUCUGGGGUUGUCAAGAAUCCGGAUUAUUCCACGCAUUUUCAAAGUUCAUUUUGCAUCGGCUGAAAAUUCCGAAACGUACGGCAAUCGAUCUGGUUGAAUUACCCAGAAUCAAAAUUACGUUACUCUCUCGUAAUACUCAGUACCGAAGAAUUCUCAACGAAAAAGCACUGCUCGAUAAGCUCAGAUCGAGUCCCCGUCAAUACACAAUCCAAAGGGUGGAAUUCACUCAUGAAACGGAUUUCCGCCAACAGUUAAACAUAAUUCAGGAUACAGAUAUUUUCAUUGGAAUGCAUGGAGCUGGACUUACUCAUUUAUUGUUUCUUCCGGAUUGGGCCUCUGUGUUCGAAUUGUACAACUGUGGAGAUGAACAUUGCUACGCUGACCUUGCCCGUCUUCGCGGCGUUCACUAUCAGACUUGGACAAACCCUGAAAAAUUGAAGCCCCAAGACGAAGGCCACCAUCCGUCUGAUGGUGGACCGCAUGCCAAAUUUACCAACUACUCGUUCGAUACAGACGAGUUUCUUCGCAUAGUCGACUCAGCAGCUGACCAUGUUUCUCAACAUCCCACUUAUCGCCAUACGUUUGGUCACUUAAAUCAGCCCUCCAAAUCGUCAGACGAGCUUUGAUAACAUCACAUUUCUUUUAAAUCGAUUUUCAGUUGCAUUCUCUUUUAAUUAAUGAUGCUGAUUGUAUUAACAUCUUAUGUGAUACCGAAAAAAAAACAGAACAAAAAAGGUGACAAUAAAAUUGUGUUAAUUU